AUGCAAACCCUAAACUCCAAACCACGUCUUCAAUGGGCUAUGUUGCCUUCGGAAAUCAUGUACCAUAUCUUGUCAAGAAUGCCAGUGAAAUCUUUGGCUCGUUUCCGGUGUGUAAGCAAGCAAUGGUGCAACUACAUCAACGAUCCUUACCUUGAAACCAUGCAUGCCAAACGAGCCGCAGUGAACGAUCCCACGCUCAUCAUGAUCCAUAAACUUCCAUCUGAAUAUCCCAACUCACUCUGCACACUCAGUUUUUUGGAAUAUAAAGAAGAAACAGAUACUUGUACUCAUCUAGAGGUGAGAACGGACCCGCCGGUUAUGGAUUUCAUGUGUAAGAGGUGGAGUUAUAAUAACGUAGUUCUAGGUUCUUGCAAUGGUCUGCUCUAUUCGUCACAGAAAGAGUUCCGCUUUGAUGUCACCACUUUAAUUGUGAUCCAUCCUCUAAAGGGAGAAUGUUAUGAGCUGCCACAACUCAAGACACCAUUCAACCAAGAUCCGGCAUGGGGGAAUCGUUUUUCUUAUGAUGUGAAGUUAUGUGUCGAGUGGUCAUGUGGGCUAGGCUUCGAUGAUUCCACCAACAGUUUCAAGAUGGUGUGCAUCGUGCCAAGAAAACAAGUCGACAUCGUGCCAAGAAAACAAGUCGAGUCACCUGAGGGUCUAUGCACCAUGGUGCAUGUCUUGGGCACAGAUUUGUGGCGAAAGAUAACCCAAGCCCCAUCUUAUCACGUAGAAGGUGUAGGAGUGUUUUCUAAUGGAUGUUUGCAUUGGUUAGCUAGAGAUGAUCCUAAUUACAGUAGAGUAAUAACAUUUGACAUGAAGACCGAGGAAUUCGGUUUAAUUUAUAAACCUCUUAGAAAAGGACCUCGUCGUAUGUUUAAUGUGCACUUGGUCAACUUAUGUGGUCAAGUUGGAUAUGUGUAUAUGAUCACAAACCAUAGCGCGGAGGUGUGGGUGUUGAAGGAGAGAGUGUGGGUGAUGCAUUGUGAGUUUGAGCAUAAACCAUGUCUUUCUAAUAGUCGCAUAAAUGUUUUAGGGUUUUGGAACAGAAAUGGGGACAUAUUAGUGACAUAUGGAGGAGAGAAAAGGUUGUUGGUUUACAACUUAAAAGAUGAAAGUUUUUAUGAAGCGAGUUUUGUUGGUUGGGAAGAGGAAGGUCGAAAAGAUAUUCAAAUGUAUCAAAAUAGCUUGUUUUCGACUCGUUAUUCAGUCAAAAACCUAAGGAAUAAACGUUAG